AGUUUACCAUAAGCCUGUUUUACCCGCAACGUUUAUUUGCAUUAUUAUCUAAGAUGUCAAUAUAAUAUCUUCAUUACAUUGCAAUAUAAUCAUUAUAAUUGUUAUUAUUUCAUGUAUUUCAUACUUUAUUCUGGCUAUCUCCUACAUUAACGUGGGGUUUUUUUCCCGUGUAUUUUUUUAAUCAGGCAUUUGCUGCGGACAUAUAAAUUACGUCACAUACUCAACUAGCUAAGCGAAGGUCGCCAUUUUGGCUCAAACAAAGUAAGGAAACAUUUAGUUGUAUGUGAAUAUUUUGUAUUAUUUGGUUUAAUACGUUACAAAUCAUUUGCUGGACAGCCUUGUUAUGUGAGUGAGUUAAUAUUAGACGAAGAACUAAUUUUUGUUCCAAAAACGUAAAGUUUUAUUUCCACAAAGUAAUGAUGAAAAUUUACCGAGCUUGUCUGUUAAUAUAACCAAAAAAUAAUAACAUUGACGCAGGUUUUUUUUUUUUUUUUUUUUUUUUCGUGUGCAAUGGGUGGAUGCUCGGCUCCUAACUGCACCAAUUCAACCAGCAUAGGGAAACAACUAUUUAGAUUCCCCAAAGACCCUGUCAGGAAGAAGAAAUGGGUUGUAAAUUGCCGACGUGACUUUGAACCAACUCCACACUCGAGACUGUGUCAAGACCAUUUUGAGCCGAGUCAGUUUGAAGAAUUGGCAAAGUCUCCAGCAGGAGGAAAGAAAUUGAAGCCCAAUGCCAUCCCGACUCUCUUCAGUGCUGGAGACCCUCCAUACCCUGCGGUUACUGCUCCGUUUAUUAUGCUACCCUUGAAACCUGAGCUAGUGGAGAAGGAGUUGAAUGUUGGCGACCAUGGCUAUGCUAGACGCACUCCUUUCUUCGGCCUGGAAGAGGAGGAUGGAGAUAGGACAGCUCUGGAUCAGCAGUCCUGCACACAAUGUCACCUCCUGAAGAAACAGCUGGAGAAAGAAAUGCAGCACACCAUGAAACUGCAAAAGGAGGCAGAGGAGAUGAAGAAGCGUCUGUACCGGCUCGACCGGAUUGAGAAGGGACUCCAGAACUUUCUGUAUGAGGACCAGAUCCGUGCACUGUCUCUCACCAAGCGGUCUCGCCGAGCCGUCUGGUCUCCGGAGACUAUCCUGAAGGCCAGAAAGAUCCGAAGCGCAGUCGGCACCAAAGGCUACGAGUACCUGAGAGAGCUGGGCUACCCGUUACCCUCCUACCGGACUCUAUGUAACCGCUUAGAAACCAAAAUCAUGGUAACGACGGACAUGAGCUGUGAGGAACUGGCGGAACUGGGCCUGGGACUCAUGGCCACCUGCGAUAGCCCAACAGAAAAUGUUGGCGACAAUGAGGAGGAAGACCUUCUCGGUGUCUUGUCUUGAUCUUUGCUAUUUGAUGAACUCGUUAACCAUAUGUGAGAUCUUGUCAAGUGAAGGCUUUGUUUGCCUCAGAAAUUGUUGGUUUCUGGUGUGUCCUUAACUGAGACAAGAUGCAGGGGCGUGUAGCUAACAGGUUUAUGCAAAAGGUUUGUUCAGAAACUUGAACAUGCAACAGUAUGAGCCAUAUGACCAAUAGCAGACCAAACACAAAAUACAUUUGUGUGCGUGUGUCACGACUUGUGUAGAAAACCAAAAGAACCCUCAAUGAGCACAAAAUGUUUGUUGAAACUUUAUUGAAUACACAGUCCCAUGGAAUUCGGUUAAUGGGCCACAAUAAUGCAGAAAUGAUUCCAUAAUGAUGAAAAAUAAAAGUACAAAAUUUAAACUUAAAUGUGGAAGCACGAAAUGUGCCACAAAAUAAAGAUUGCUAUCAAUAUUUUAACAUAAUGUUGAUUAUUUUAUUUUUUUUAAAGUACUCAAUUUUACAGUGAGUUGUAGUUGUUGUAGUGCCUACUACAAAAAUCACAGAGGCUGACGCCAAUUGCAUCCGGAUUGUGACAAAAUAAAUGUGAUAUAGCAAACAUAAAUUGUUCUGAGGCAGCAUAGUGAACCUACAAAAAUGACCAAUAUUCUGUAUUCUCACUGUGGUUUUGUGUGUAUUGCUUAUAGCAUUUGCAUUGAGGUAAUCGUGAGUUAAGUUGUUUUUGUAGUAAUGCUGACAAGCAAGUCUGUAAAUAACUACUGGUUGUAUAAUUGCGUUGUGUACUCUAUGCUCAGUACUAUUUAUUGUAAAAAAAAAACUGCACGGGUUUGUCACUUUGAUCUUCUGGUUCUGAAUGUCAUUGAUUUUGGCCUCUUGCUUUGUUCCAAAGAUCAAAUUGUGUGCGUUUUCAGUCACAUGGAGUUUGCCUCAACUUCCACAAAGUCACAGUUCAAAAUUGGAUUUGCGCAUAUAAAUGUGGAGUAUAUGAGA